ACAGGAUGGAGAUCCCCGUGCCUGUCCAGCCUUCAUGGCUGCGCCGCGCUUCCGCACCUUUACCCGGUUUCUCCGCGCCGGGGCGACUCUUUGACCAGCGAUUCGGCGAGGGGCUGCUUGAGGCUGAGCUGGCUUCCCUGUGCCCUGCUGCGAUCGCCCCCUACUAUCUGCGCGCCCCCAGUGUGGCGCUGCCCACAGCCCAGCUGCCCGCGGACCCUGGGCACUUUUCAGUGCUGCUGGAUGUGAAGCACUUCUCGCCAGAAGAAAUUUCCGUCAAGGUGGUCGGCGACCACGUGGAGGUCCACGCACGGCAUGAGGAGCGUCCGGAUGAACACGGGUUCAUCGCUCGGGAGUUCCACCGCCGCUACCGCCUGCCUCCCGGCGUGGACCCCGCCGCAGUGACCUCGGCGCUGUCCCCGGAGGGUGUCCUGUCCAUCCAGGCCACACCAGCGCCCGCCCAGGCCCCGCUUCCACCGCCGCCGCCGGCUGCCAAGUAGGGGCCCGGGCGUACAGGACCGAACCUGGGGGCCGCUUUAGGCUCCCGUUUAAAAAGCCGAUCUGACUCCGCCGCUCAGCCAGAUGUCCCGAUCGCUGUCAAGACAACCCUGCCAGCCAAAUCCAGUUGUCCUCCCUGGGACCUUCCCACCGGAUCCCCUACCCGGGCCUUGGUAACCUAGAUACCGUCCCCAGGCCCCACCCAGCCACGACACCUUUCUAGGGAUAACACAAACACGACUGCCACCCCUCCGCCUAGGCCCCCACUAG